ACCUACAACAUCUGAGUACUUCUUCCACCUGAGUACUUCUUCCACCUCUUUUCCACUAUUGCUUUUACCUAACGACGAAUCUCCUGAAUCUGCACAGCCUUUGUGAGUCUAGUUUCCUUGGUGAAGUAGUGUGUGAGUGAAGUGUGUGAGUGAAGUGUGUGAGUGAAGUGUGUGAGUGAAGUGUGUGAGUGAAGUGUGUGAGUGAAGUGUGUCACUACACACCAGAGGCAGCAGUCAGUCACCACCACGGAGUGUCUGCCGUCAGCUCACCACAGUUUGGACACUCUGCUCUGAUGAAAUAUGUGAGGAAGACUUAAUGAUAUGGCUUUGAAAGGCUCCUUUGGCAAUAAAGGUUGAUAUGAUGCUGAGAUGUGAUGUCUUGGUAACAUAGCAGUCAAUGAUGGUGACACUGUCCCACACAUGGGCCAUCCUCACUGCUGUCACUGUGUUGACCGUGCAGCUAUGCGAGGGUAAGAAGUGCUGUAACCUCAAGUCCAGUAAUGAUGGAAAUUAUGUGCUGCUCGGCUCCAAUUUUACGAUUUACUGCACCAGUUUAAUGGUUGACUGCAUCAAACAAAUCAAAUUCUUCGGCCAAAAUAACGCACAACUGCCCCACAAAGUAUUCAAUUCUACAAUAUAUUACGACGUGGUUAACAUAACGGAGAAGAAAACAUAUAGCUGUAAGUGUCCUUCCUUUGACUGUGACUCCUGUGGACAGGACUUCUCAACUGGAUAUCCACCAGAGAGCCCUAAAAACAUUUCAUGCACCUACAAAAUCAAAAAUAGUGAUAGUGGAGAUGUGUUCUGCAGUUGGGACAGAGGACGGGAUACUUUUCUGAAGAAUGAUUUAAUGCUGAUGAUGACAAUUUUAUCAAAAAACCAUACACAUGCACCGAUGCUGGACAACUUCUCCAGUAAGGCAACUGAUCAACGGUCAGCUAGCGUCACUGUGAACGGCUCCGUCCUGAUGAUCUCUGUGUGGGUCGACGCCAAAAAUGCAUUGGGCUCUGCAGCUUCCAUCCACAAGAACUACACACUGAGUGACAUUAAGAUACCAUCGACUCCUGUUCUUCGCCAACCGGAUUGCACUUCCCAAGAGUGCACCAUCACAGUGGAGCAGCCUGUGAUGACUCAGCACCUGGAGAUCCAAUACAGAGCGGACACACAGACAUGGACAUCUUCUCCAGACUCAGGUGUGCAGAUGAGUCCAGUGCAGGUUGCCUCUCUGGAGCCUUACACGUUGUACCACUUCAGAGUCAGAUCCAAAUUCAGCACCGGCCUGUGGAGUCUGUGGAGCGCUAACAUUUCCAACUGGACUGAAGAGGAAGCUCCUGCCAAAGAGUUGGAUGUGUGGUACGCUGAACCGGCCUCUGACUUUAGAUCCCUGACAGUGUAUUGGAAGGAGCUGAGCAUUUCUGCUGCCAAAGGGAAAAUCCUUUCAUACAGAGUCCAAGUUUACAGCCCAGACUCUCGGCAGAACAUCACUAACGUUAGCGCCGAAGCCAGGAGUUAUUCGGUCCCUUUCUGUGCCGAAUGUGAAGUGUCAGUGUGGGCUUGCAACUCCAAAGGGUCGUCCCCUCCAGCCAAUAUUACAUCUGAAUACACAAAAGUGAAGCUGAGGCAUUUAGAUCCCCUUCAAGAUGUGCGCAUGCAUGUUGCUGCAGACAACCUCAGUGUCACCCUCUCCUGGAAGAAGCCCUACGCUGCAGUGAGGCGGUCUGUGGUGGAGUGGUUCCCCGAGGGCCACACGAUGGAGCUCAGAUGGGUCGGACUGGGCCGCAAUGAAAACCAUACUGUUAUAACAGAUGUCAAGCCAUUUGAGUGCUACGAGGGAGCAGUGUAUGUUUUCUAUAAUGAGAGCUCAGUGAGAAGGACCAGAUUUACAGGGGUCACUACUCUGGAAUCAGCCCCAACAGCUGGUCCAUCAGUCGAGCAGACGGUUGAGGGGAAGCAGGUGAGAGUGACCUGGGCAGAGAUUCCCAGGGGUCAGCGCGGAGGUUGUCUCACAAACUACAACAUCUAUUUAGAGAACCAAGGACACAGGAAGCAUUACUCCAUACAGGCAUCGCAGCGUGAGCACGUCAUCAAGGACCUGUCCUCACCCGCCUACAUACUGUGGAUGACGGCCUCCACCGCUAAAGGAGAAGGACCUGUAGGGAAUCGGAUAACGUUCUUCAUGCAGCAGGAGAGCCAACUCUCCCCUCUACUGGUGUGUGCAGUGGCCGCCCCGAUCGUAGUAUUCCUGGUGUGUCUGUACCAUGGUCUGUACCAGAGCUCAGCAGUCAAGCAGAGGUUUUGGGUGUAUUUCCAGUGCCUCAUGCUCGACGUUGUGCCAGAUCCUGCUAACAGCAAGUGGGCAAAAGAGUGUAUUCAGGAUAAGGGCAAGAUGAACCUCCAGCUGCAGCUGAGUAACUCCAGUGGAGCAGAGGAGGAAGAGGAGCCCAUCCUGGUGGACGUGGAGGAGCUUCCUCGUCCCACCAGCCUGAGUCCUGAGACGGAGCCGGCCACAGUCCUCUACCCUCGGACCACCUACAUCAAGAGCUUCUCCCACGACUCAGACAGCUCCGACCUGCGGCAGACGUCCCUGGACACCAACAGCACCGUCGACUACAUCUCAUCAAACGGAGCGGGAAUAAUGGAUGAGGAGGAGGAGGAGGAGGAGGAGGAGGAAGAGGAAAUGCUGGGUUUCUUCCCCAGUCACAACAUCUUCAUGGAGCCGCUGGAGUUUGGAGGGAAGUUGACUCUGAAUGCGGUCAAAAUCGACUGCGGUGACUUCUUUCAGAACAGUGCGUGUUGACCUGAAACCAAAACUCUUUGGUGAGAUGAGUGAAAGCCAUCUUUAGAGGAAGAGGAUGGCUACACAAAAAGACAUUGGUCACAAUGACCGGAGCUGGUGACCAGGUUCCUCUUUAUUUCUGUUCCCGUGUCUAUUUUGUCACACAUCUUGUUGUGAUGUGCAUGAACUACCUCCUUGCUUGUUGAAAUCAGAAGAAGCUGUCAAUAGUCUUUCAUUAUGUUUCAGCAGUAAUACUUUGUUUUCAUUUUGUGCAUUACCAUGGAUUUGUUUUAAGAGCUUUGGACACACCAACACUUGCAAGUGUAACAAUCCAUCAAUCUGGAUCCAUAUACUGUAUAAUAACUCACUGAUUUACAAUACAAAAAAAAUAUUUUAACAGCAUAACUCUACACCGGUUGAGGAAUUUCAGAUUUUCAGAGCAUUGCCUGUUUUUCUCUCGCCGCCUGAUGUAUUUGUUCCUAGUGAUGUUAAUAAAUGAUGGUAAAAUGGCACUGUGAUGAAUUCUUAAAUUAAUAUUAAGAAUAUUAAUUAUAUUUUGUUUGAUAUAAAUAAUCUGGUUCUGAUAAAUGAUCAAAUAAUGCCUCAUGCUUUUGUCUUUGCUACCCUUCUUGAUGUUUCCCAUCAUUUGAAUUUCCCAAAUUCCUCUGACCCAAUCACCCCAAAACCAUACCAAAUAUGACAAACCUUUUAUUUUGUGGACUUUCUAUUUAAUAAGAAUGUAAUAAGAACUACUUCCCCUUCUGAAGCAGUAAGUCAUUGUGUUUGAUUUCUACACAGAAUGAGAGUUAUCAUCAAUUUUCAAACAUCAAACUAGUGUAUGUAAUCUGCCCGUCCUGAGUCCUGUUCCCUUGUGAAUAAUGUUCUAAAUCCAGUGAUGCCUGGUAUCUGACAAAACAAACAGUAUAUAUUUUUUUCUUUCUCGUAUCAACACCCUCUGACCUGCAGUAAGCAGAGCUGCCAGAAAAGGGCUAAAACAAACUAUUGACAUUCAAAGGGAACAAGACUUGAAGAAGUGAAUGCUACACAUGAGUAGUGGGUUAGGUCUUGUGUCAAUCAAAUGAAGUGCUUUCUGGAGCUGCUUGUAUGUAUAGGAGUUGUAAGAAAUCUAGGAGAUGGUAAGAAUCAUUAUCGUGGGUCAAGUUGGGCAGUCCUAAACCGGGCAGGAUUUGUCAUUUGACUGGGGUGAAGGAGGAGGGGUGGGAGGUCGGGGAACCCAUGGCUGGACUAACACUUCCUCUCUUUGGGAACACCACCGGCUUGGGCCUUGUAAAUGUUCAAUGAGAGCUUGAUGCUCAUCAUUUCACAAAGGUUUUGAAGACAAGCAAUAGAAAACGAUGCUGAUCAAAAAGAAAAAUGGCAGUCCUGCUAUUUUAGGUUUUAAAUGAAAAACAAAUAAGUGACUGGGUCUACUACUUAUUUACAGGCUACAAGGAGGAACUACGACAUAAGAAUGAGAUACGUUUAAAGUGUUUGUAUAGUAGUGAAGUGUGGUUGUAAGCAAAAUCAAAAAAGGUAAGUACUGUACAGUGUUUGCAUGUAUUGAGGCAGGAUUAAAUAAGUGACAAUGCAAAAGAUUUACCGACCAUCUUUAUUUACCGACAGAGGUCUCUAAUAGCAGGGCUAGAAUUCACACAUUUGUAGAGCACUUCAGUUGUUCCACACAAUGAACGACUGUAUUUCUUUCAGAGCAAUUAUGCAGUGGUGCCACAGUGGAAGCUACAGGGCAAGUCAACAGUGGAGGAAAAGA